AUGACAGAAAAACCCUUCCUAAACUCAGACGGGCAUCUCGAUUUUGCUCCCGACGACCCAUCAAAUCCAAAGAACUGGUCCACAAAGCGAAAAUGCUACAUCACGGGAGUCUCUAUUCUCUUGGUUAUGAAUGCCACAUUCGCUUCAUCAGCACCGUCUGGAGCCUUUGAAGGGAUCAGCCAGGAUUUACAGAUUUCUGCCGAGGCUGCUGGAUUGGUUACUACCCUGUUUCUUUUGGGGUACUGCGCCGGUCCUUUGAUCUGGGCACCGUUGUCGGAGUUUUAUGGCCGUCGUUAUAUCUUCUACAUAACGUUCACCCUCUACUUAAUCCUGAGCUUUCUCUGCGCUUUCACACCGAACUUCGCCGGGCUGCUACUUGGUCGCUUCCUAACCAGCACAUUCGCUAGUUCCGCUCUCUCUAAUGCGCCCGGUGUACUCGGAGAUAUAUGGGAUCCUACCGAGCGGGGCAAUGCUAUGAUUUUGUUUUCAGUCAUGACUUUCGUGGGUCCUGCACUAGGUCCCGUGGUCUCCGGAUUUCUAGAGCUGAAGAAAUCCUGGAGAUGGACUUUCUAUGUUCUGCUUUGGCUCGCUGGCAUAACGGAGAUAUUCCUCUUCACCAUUCCCGAAACCCUACCUAGCAUUAUUUUGCUAAAUAAAGCCCGAGAGAUUCGCAAAGAUGACCCCGAGAGCGGCCAUGUUAUCGCAUCCGUUGAGGCGACAGACCGGCGGUUGACGUCGAUCUUCAAAGUUGCGUUGGUAAGACCUUGGAAAAUAUUGUUCGAUCCUAUCAGCUUCUUGGUAGCUCUGUACUAUUCAGUCGUUUAUACCCUACUGUAUAUGCUUUUCAGCAUCUAUCCAAUCGUGUUUCAACAAAAGAGAAGUUGGAAUACUGGGGUUGGGGAACUACCACUUAUUGGUGUGGUCAUAGGCGCAUGCUUGGGAGGAUCAUUCAUAUACUUCCUCAGUGCAAGAGAGAAAAGAAAAAGAUUGACUGCCAGUUAUCUUCCCAAGACCCCUGAAGAUCGACUUCCAGUGGCAAUGAUUGGUGGGGUAUUAUUUGCAGUUAGCAUAUUCUGGUUUGCCUGGACUGCAGAGUUCAAUUCGAUACAUUGGAUUGUGCCAACGAUCGCAGGGACUUUUCUGGCAGCUUCGAUCCUGCUAAUAUUCGUUUCUUAUAUUAACUAUCUGAUCGACACAUAUGUUAUGUUUGCUGCUUCGACACUCGCUGCCAACACGGUAGCUCGAUCUGCUUGCGCUGCGGCAUCACCAUUAUUUACACAAUACAUGUUUGAUGCGUUGGGCGUUGGUGGCGCAGGCUCUCUCAUCGGAGGAGUCGCAGUAAUACUUGCGCCAAUCCCAUUUGUCUUUUACAAAUAUGGCAAGUCGAUUCGACAACGAUCGAAUUUCGCCCCGACGAAGGAGUAG